AAUUUUAAUUGUUUUUUGCAUUUUUUAAAAUAGAUUUAUAUAUCAAUUGCUAUGUGACAUAACAGUCACGUGUAAAAUUUAAUUUUAUGGUAAAAAAUUAAAUAUAAUUUAUUUUUAACCGACUUCAAUAUGGAUGGGUUCAUAACAACUUAAUUUUGACAAAUAUUUAGAUAUUAAAGACGAAGGAACACGAAUGUAAAGAGAUCACGCCAGCAGAAACUCCAUCGUUCUUCAAUACAGCGGACAAAAUGCUAAAUCUAAUGCAUGUGACGUUAAAAGAAGCAAAAUACAUUAUGACUAUAGUGAUGGAUCUCAAUGUUAUAUCGCUCGCGCUUCAAAUUAUUUGUUUAGCAGGUAACAUUUUAUCAAGGAUGCUAUUAGGCGGAAGAGCGGAGAGAAACAAUAUCUGUUGUUACAUGCUUUUAAAUUUGAAAGAUUACAUAACGCUGGAUAAGAAAAUUGAAAAGAAGGGGCGAGGCGAUGAUGGCCCGCGUAGGAAAGCUGCGGGGUAUGCUGAAGGUCUCGUGUUUGAUCCGAAGAAAGGUUUCUACGACAAAGGUUUCUACUGUUAAGGUUCAUUGGUCAUAUGAAGUUUGCACACGUCAAGCUUGACAUCCUAAAGACAUCCUACACAAUGCAUUCUGAAAACGAUACCGUGCAGGUUCGUUGGCGUAUACGUGGUGUCAUCACAGGCUGGAAGGUAUUUUCUGUGUUUUGGAAGUAAAAUUUGUAAAAUACAACAUGUCAUAAAAUAAGCGCUAACCAGGAAAUAUGGUACGACGGCUUUUUUAUUUUUUACGUUAAUGCUGAAUGGAAAAGUCUAUAAGCAUAUUGCGGACAAGAUGAUGCCUAAUCAGGAUACAGCCACGAAAAAGAAAGAUAUGCGCAUGGCAGGGAAAUUAGCGCUAUUCACAGGCCUUGUAAACAUAUUUAGUAACAACGAAGAUUCUUUGAAUUGAGCUCUGUCUUAAAAUCGCAUCAAUUGAAGUGAAUCCAUUGCUGAGUGCUGAAAUUAUACGAUUUUAUCCGUCACAACGAAUAGACCAAGAGGAAUGAUUUUUCCAGUCGAUGGUUUCGAAUGUUGCUGACAUAUCUAUUUCGUUGCAAAUGCAUCAUUAUGAAAUGAUGAUCGGUAGUAAAUGAAAGAUAUGUGAAUUAAAAAGAUGUGUACAUUAACUAAACAGUAUCUUUGUUUGAUUACAAACUAUCUUUAUCUAAUUUUUUAGUGAAAAUGUCCGAAUAAUUUGCGUUAGUAUAUCUGUGUAAAAAA